ACCAUCACCAUCACCACCAUCAGCAGCAACAGCAACAGCUGCAGGAACAGGAACACGAGCAAGAGCAGGAGCAGCAGCGAGAUCUCCAGCAACAUCACCAGGAUCCGCAACACAAACACCUCGCCAUCAGCACCAGAGCAACCAUCCCUUGCAAACCAGAAAAUGAGAAUGUCUUACAUCAGUUCUGUUGCCCAGCAGCUGAUGCUGAUCAGAAGCUUUCCUCCAGUACUCUUUCUUCCAGUAAUGAAACAAUCUCUCCUGGAGGCAAAUCCAUUAACUCUGAGGCAGAUGGCCCUAUGAAAAUCCGAGGAGAAUGUGAAAUCAACAGUUCAGAUCAAUCUGGCAUGGAUCAAAUGAAAUGCUCAUCAGCUGAUGUCAAGGAGGGAAGGCCAUGCCGAAUGAUUCCUGUGUCCAACACAAUGGUACAGAAAGCAAGUCUGCACCACACCGCCUCACCAAUGCGAAUGCAACGGAGCAAAGGCACAGCAACAUGUUCGCAUUUGCCCACCUCUGACUAUGAGUUGUCAAUGGAUCUCAAAAAUAAGCAGAUUGAAAUGCUGGAACACAAGUAUGGAGGCCAUUUGGUAUCUCGCCGCGCUGCCUGUACCAUCCAGACAGCCUUCCGUCAGUAUCAACUCAGCAAGAACUUUGAAAAGAUUCGGAAUUCCUUGGUGGAAAGUCGCAUGCCCAGGCGUAUUUCUCUACGGAAGGUCAGGUUACAGAAUGCCGAGAAUUUAAUGGAAGGGUAUAACUUCGCAGGAAUCCCUCUAGUGCGGUCACCAUCAUUACCUGCAAGUAUCAGUGGGGCUCUGACUGAACUUGAGGAUUCCUUCACAGAGCAGGUGAAAUCCCUAGCAAAAUCAAUUGAUGAUGCUCUGAGCUCGUGGAGCUUGAAGACAAUGUGUUCGCUGCAAGAUGGCAGUAGCUAUCAAUUCACAGAGACUUUCAGCAGCGCAUCAAUGCAGGACAGAGCAGGAGGUGAGAUGGGGAAAACAGGACAAGUAAGCAGUGAUGACAAACUGGAAGAUGGCCUUGCACAAAGUGGGAGUACACUUAUGAUGGCCUUCAGGGAUGUCACCUUCCAUAUUGAAAACAAAAACAUGUCGGUUUCAUCCCUCAUGGAAUCUGCAUCAGUUGCCAUGGCAAACUGUGAGAGUGCCCCACCAGAACCUGAGCAGAAUGUAGUCGUUACAAAAGAUGAGCAGAGUCCAAGGGAAAAGGAAGAGAAGGGCUCCCAAAAUUCCUCUUCAGAACUGGAACAGAUGCUCGUUCAAAAUAAUCAUUCUUUCACAGAUCUGAAUGAUAAUAUCAACGCAAAUGGACUAGGAGGGGAUUUGGUGGGGCAGAGUCAAAUGGCAAUGCAGAAUGUUCAGAUUGACCAUAACAAUGGAAUAAUGCCAGAAUCUCAAUCGGAAUCUAAUCGUUUGGACAAUGCAGAACAACUCAGCAGCAGCAGUACAACCUCCAUCUCUGCCAAAUCUCCAUCCGAAGUUUCUUCAAAGGAGGCAUUGCAUGCCAUGAUACUGAGCAUGCCCAGAUACCACUGUGAGAAUCCAAGCACCUGCAAAUCACCAACUCUUUCUACUGAUGUCAUCCGCAAACGCCUGUAUCGUAUCGGCCUCAAUCUUUUCAAUGUAAAUCCUGACAAAGGAAUUCAGUUCCUGAUUGCGCGUGGAUUCAUCCCUGAUACAGCGAUCGGAGUUGCCCACUUCCUGCUGCAGCGAAAGGGAUUGAGCCGCCAGAUGAUUGGAGAGUUUCUGGGCAACAGCAAGAAGCAAUUCAACAGGGAUGUUUUGGAUUGUGUUGUUGAUGAAAUGGAUUUUUCUAACAUGGAGUUGGAUGAAGCUCUGCGGAAGUUUCAGGCUCACAUUCGAGUGCAGGGAGAGGCACAGAAGGUUGAACGACUUAUCGAAGCAUUUAGUCAACGUUAUUGUAUGUGCAACCCAGACGUGGUUCAGCAGUUCCACAAUCCAGACACCAUCUUCAUCUUAGCCUUUGCUAUCAUUUUACUUAACACAGACAUGUACAGCCCCAACAUCAAACCCGAUCGAAAAAUGAUGCUGGAAGACUUCAUCCGUAAUUUACGAGGUGUGGAUGAUGGAGUGGACAUUCCUCGUGAGAUGGUUGUUGGUAUUUAUGAACGAAUUCAACAGAAGGAAUUGAAGUCCAAUGAAGAUCAUGUGACAUAUGUUACCAAGGUAGAAAAAUCAAUCGUGGGGAUGAAAGCAGCCCUUUCAGUUCCCCACCGGAGGUUGGUUUGCUGCAGCCGGCUCUUUGAGAUCAUGGACAUCAACAAAGCACAGAAGCAAGCAGCACAUCAGCGAGAAGUUUUUCUGUUUAAUGACUUAGUUGUGAUACUUAAACUGUGUGCAAAGAAGAGAAGUUCUGCUACAUACACUUUCUACAAGUCUGUUGGCCUUCUGGGAAUGCAAAUUCAUCUGUUUGAGACUGAGCUUUAUCCUCAUGCGAUCACUCUCAUAUCAUCUGCUUCUGGUUCAGAGAAGAAGCAGGCACUGAGUUUCUGUGCACAGAGUUCAGAGGAACUACAGAAGUUUGUGGAGGAGCUGAAGGAAUCAAUAGCAGAGGUGACGGAGAUGGAGCAAAUUCGAAUUGAUUGGGAGCUGGAAAAACAACAGGGGGCAAAAACCCCUUCCUCAAAGAAUAAUGGAGCUCCGCUUGACAUCCGAACCAAACCAGGAUCUCCAGCAGGCAAAAAAGAGUCUGGAGAAAACAAGAGCACAAACAACGCUGUGGAGGUUUCAAUUCACAAUAGGCUUCAAGCCUAUCAACACAGUUCAGAGGGGAACCAGGAGUGCACAGUCCAGCAAAGCACCCAUCUUAACAUCAAACAAGAAAACUCAGCAGUAUCAGGAGCCAUGGAUCAUCUCCCUGAAACACUACUCCAAUGCCAACAGAUUGUGAAUGUCAUAGUACUCCCUGUGAAGCCGGACAAGUCUGACACGCCUCAGAAUGAGACACCUAUUCACCAAACAGGAACAGAAAACAACUCCACUAGCUCCACGCCUCGCAAAUUAAAGGCAGAUGGACUUCAAGGAACACCUGUAAAAACCACUCAUCAGCCACCUCUCCCACCUCCACCCCCACCCUACAACCACCCGCACCAGUAUUGCCCUCCUAACCCUUUUGUGCGUAGGCGCAGAUAUUCCAGUGGAUCACGAAGCUUAGUGUAGUCAGUAUUACACAAAGCAAUGAUGGAGCCAGAUUAAGUCUGCUUCUGUUUCAAAAGGUCCAUAUCUACUUGAUGCUCCAAUGAAAUCUCCAUUUGUCCUUUCCUUAUGACUGCAUCAUUCAAGUGGCAGUUUUGCCCUGUUCUUGAGCAAAAUUAGAUAUCUGAUGGGUUGUCAAAUUGUAAAUAUUAUGUAAAUAAUGUUUUAAUUUUAAAUGUUCUCCACAACAGGUUAUCUUUCCUCUAGCAUCAGUUCUUAUUGCCCAAGAUUCUGUUUGGAUGUGUUAAUCAAGACGGCAAACAUAGUUUAUGCCCAUGGUUAAUUCUGUGGCUAACUUCAAUGCCAUCAGAGAUGUGUUGAAUGAUAGGUAGAGUGCUUCUUCGCUUUUCAUCCUCUAUUCACUAGAUGGUUUUCCUGAGACUGGGAAACUUGCUGAAACCUGAUUCAGUUUGAUCAGGACUGCCUUUCCUGGGGUCCAAUGCUCUGGACCAGUUAAUCCCCAUCAGCAUUUCAGAUUUCAUUUGCUAUUCGACAACCUAUUUGAUUAAUGAAUGAUCCUGGGUAUUAUAAAUCUUUCAUUAUCAGUCUGUGCAUGAAUACAUGCUGUCACUGUACAGGAAAAUUAUAUGCUAAAAUCAUAGGAUUUACCAGUCAUCCUUCAGCAGAGUAGCUAUGUACUUGAGAAAUCAGAAAUAGACUUAUCCUGGCUUGAAAAACAUAUAUACACAAGACAACUUCCCAAGUACUGAUUAUUAAUUUUCUAGUGCAACUAGUGAUUUGGUGAAUAUUUGAUGAAAUUUGUGUAUCUUUGGACAACAAGGGCACAGCUUUAAUAACAUAGAUUGUAAAAUCCACCAAAUGUAAAAGCUUCUUGAUGGACACAUUCCCACUUUACUGUAGAUAAUCCAGACUCUCAGAUUACAUUGAAUCAUGAACAUUGCUGUUAAUAAGCUUUUGGUAGAUUAAAGAAAGCAGAGUAAGUUUUUAUAUUGAGUUUUCAUGCACAGCUCUUUUUAAAUGUACCUGUAUUUAUAGAUCACUUCAAAUUAGAAUAGAUCUUCAGGAAUUUUAUAUUUUCUUUUGUCACAUAGCACCAUUUUGAUUGUUUAGAUUUUCUCAUCGCAUAAGCAAUUUAGGUAAUACAAUAGUCAAGCAACACUCGAUAGAAAAGUUAAAAGAUUUAAACAGUUGCACUGUGUUUUGAAGAAUAGUGGUUGAAACAAAGUGAUGAAAACAUAGAUUCUGCAGAGGUUAGGAACUAUGUGAUAUAUGUGCUUUUCAUGAAGUUAUGCCAAUAGAUUGAGAAAUGAAUGCCCUAAACAUGAUGAGACAUCAUGAUGCUCCUUAUCAAAGUAUUUAUUGUUUCUUGUUGUUUCCAAUAAUCUUUUAGUGUGUACUUUUCUUAAACUAGCAUUGGUCAGAUUUGACUUUAAAAAUCAUACAAUUAUGUUGUGAGGAAAAAAAAACACACUUGGUUGAAAAUCCUCCAAGAUCUCUGUUAAGUGGAUAGAAGCAUAGAUAGCUUUGGAAGAAUUGUAAUAUUGGUCCAAUAAUGCACACUUUUCAUUGAAUCAAAAUUCAAUCCCACAACAAAUGGAAAGUAAACAGUUUCAGUAUAUAAUCAAUACAGCUUAUUUGGAAUAUUUUUCAAUUCAUGGUUCAGUGUGUGAUAGGAUAGGCUAUGUGCUUGAAAAUCACUUUCAGUGCAACGAACCUGCAUUUAGACAGUUUUAGCGUGUGUAAUAUGUAUAUGAACAGAAAGAUAAGUACAAAUAUUUUUGUGGAAUACUAUAUAAUUUUGAACAUUUCAUUUUGUAUCCUCUCCAUUCCCAGUUAAGUGCCAGGCUUUAUAUAUCCUUGUAAUUGUUAUUGAAGUAGCCUGAUUUUUCUCUGUGUCCAUUGACGUGCAUGCCUUGGUUACUGCUCCAGACUUGAGACCGUCACGUUUAUUUCCACUUUAUUUUUGUUCCUUUUUUACUUCAGCUCUAUUUACCUCUCUAAGGCUCCUAUUUUCAACAUGCAUUCUUCUAUUUCUCCCUCUUCAGAUAAUCUGCCCUUCCAAAUCCCUAACUGAAUCUUUCCACGCUGCUGUUGCAAGCUUGACUCCAUCUUAGCCUGCUUAACUUCUUUUUUAAAAUUCAUUCAUUGGAGUGGAUAUCAUUGGCCAGGCCAGAAUUUGUUGCAAAUCCCUAGUUGCCCCUCAGAAGUUGGAGGUUAGCUUUCUUGAAUUGUUGCAGUCCAUUUGGUGCAGGGGCAUGCACAUUCUGUUGAAAGGGAUUUCAAGGAUUUUGACCCAGUGAAAAAGAAGGAACAGUGAUUUGUUUCCAAAUCAGGAUGGUGAAUGACAUGAAGCUGAAUUUGCAAGCGUUCCCACAUGUCUGCUGUCUUUGUCCUUCUAGGUGUUAGUGGUUAUAGGCUUGGAAGGUGUGCUAAGUCACCUUAGUUUCUGCAGAGCUUCUCAUAGAUGGUAAACAGUGUCGCUUGUGACUAUUGGUGAUAGAAGGAGUAAAUAUUAUUGGAUGCGGUGUCAAACAAAUGGGUUACAGGCAUCUUGAGUGUUGUUGGAUUUGUACUCACCCAGGAAAAUGGGGAUUAUUCCCUGACAUUCUUGACUUCUGCUUUGUAGU